AUGUUUAUAGUGGAAAAUAAUUAUUUAAUUUUCCUCAUUAUUUUAUUUAAAUAUUCUGUGGCCGUCAGAAAUAAAGAAAUUGAUGAGAAUUAUCAGCGUUUAAUUCCCUUAAAUCAAAUACCAAAUAAUUGUGAACAUUCUAAAGAUAAUGAAGUAAAUUCUGAACCGGCAAAAGAAUAUGGGUUUGUUGAAAAUAUUGGGUUAGAAAAAUGUAAAGUUUGGUUAGAUGAAGAACAAAGUACUUCUAGUGAUGAAAAUGGGCAUUAUGAACGUUAUAAAUGUAAACACUUGAGAGUUCACGGACAUUUUAAUGAAGAAACUGGAAAAUGUGAAUGUAAAACAAAUUGGAAGGGGUUAAUAUGUAAUGAAUUUAUUGGUUGUCCAGUUAAUUAUUCGUAUUUCUUAAAUGUUUGUACACCAAAUGUUUGUCAACAUGAUGGACAAUUAGCAUUAGGUUCUAAACAUAUUGAAUGUAUUUGUAAAGCACCUUGGGAUGGAAGGUUUUGUGAAAGACUUGCUUGUUGGAGAAUGGCUGAUAAAGAACACGAAAGACGAUGGAGAAAUUCAAUAGAUCAUUGUAAAUGUGCAGAUAAUUAUUCUGGUGAAAAUUGUGAGACAAUAAUAUCUUGUCAAAAUGGGGAAUUUAUUAAUGAAAAGUGUCAAUGUGCAGAAGGAUGGACUGGAGAAAUAUGUGACCGUAAAUGUACUCCUGGGCAAACGUAA